UAUGAGUUCUCCAGUCACAAAUCCAUUGUUUGAGUUUCAAUGGUUAAGGAACAAAAACUAAUACAAAUAUAGAACAGUUUGUCAAGAAUUAUAAACUUAGUUAGAUCCAUCUUAACUAAUUAAAUAUGCAACAAUUAUAUUAAAAAGGGAUCCUUCAGAUAGAUUUGAAGAAGAAUUAUUAUUAAUUGUGAAGGCUACUGAAAAUUUACAAUUUUUCAAGGAAAUGAAUUCCAAAUAAAAAAAUAUUGAUAAUAGACUUCACACUUAAUGUUGUUAGAAGAUGACUUAUAAAGCUUUUUAAUAAGGUGAAACUGUAUUUAAAUAAGGUGACAAAGGUGAAAAUGCUUUUAUAAUUUUGAGUGGGAGUGUCAAUAUAUAUUCAUAAUUAGAUCAAUAUGUAGUUAAUGAUUUAUCUUACAAAAGUAGAAAAAAGUUUGAAAACUGUACAUAAUAAUAAAAAAGAACUCAUCCUAUAUCUGUUAUAAAUUAGGCAAAAAGAGAGAAGAUGAAAAAUAGAUUUUCAUCAUCAGUUGGUUUGAUGAAGAAACUUAAACGAUAAAAUUCAAAGUAAGUUGAAGAUGAACAAUUUCAUUCCAUAAAAUUACUUUAAACUCAACACAUUAUUGAAGAAGUUAAAAUAGAAGAAGAAAAGGAUAAGAAAAUAUUAGAAAUAUAAUAUUAAAUGGGAUUAGAGAUGACAGCAGGCAUUCCACCAUCAAAAUUAGAUAUUGAUUAUUUUUUUAUUGACGGAGUAUUUAAACAUAAAUUUGUCAUUGAAUUAGUUGAAGGAUAAAUGUUUGGAGAAUUAGCACUCAUUUGGAAUUAACCUAGAUCAGCAACUGUAGUAGCAAAAUCUAAUUUAGAAUUGGCUGUUCUUACUUCAUAAGAUUAUAAAUCUCUAUUAAAAGAUGCAGAACUUAAUAAAAUUGAAUAGAGAAUUAAAUUUUUUUAAAAUUACUUCUUUAGAGAAUGUCCUCGAUUUGUAACUUUAAGAUAUUGUUACAACUUUAAAAAGAUAGAACUAAGGAAAGGAAACUUUUUAAUUAAAAAGGGUGAUAAAGUAACAUAAAUAUAUUUGCUUAAAAAAGGAGAAUUAGAAGUUGUACAUGAAUAAGAGAUUGUUAAUUAAGUUUCUGAAGAACAACAAUCUGAAUUGGCAUCAUCUGAAUAAUAAUUGUUACUUGCAAUUAAACAAACUUAAAUGAAACCUCCUAAGAAAAUGAUUUAAUAAAGGAGAAUUAUUAUUUUGAGUGAAGGUGAGAUUAUUGGUGAUGUUGAAAUUAUGCUUAAAAUACCUCUAUCUUAACAAACCAUUCUAGUCAAAAGUGAAAAGGCAAAAAUUUAUGGUUUACAAAUGAAUCAUUUCAAUAGAAUAUUAAGCGAUUAAACAACUUUAAAAAAGUAUUUUUACGAUUAAGCUAACAUGAAAUACCAACACAAUAUAGGUUUGAUUAAACAGAUUGAUAAAUUUCAUUAAAGUUAAUAUGAAAAAGUUAAAUUAAAUCAACAGCUUUAUUUGUUGAAAUUAAAAAAUGAAAAUGAUAAAAAAUCAACCUUUAAUUUGAAUAAGAUUAUUGAAGAGGAACCAGAAGAAUUACAAUAAGUAUAAUCGAAAUAAAAAACAAUGUCUAUUCAUGAUUAUGUACAAGAAUAUCCUAUAAAAUUAGAAAAGCCUUUGACAUUAAGAACGAAUUAAAAAUAAAGUAGUGAGUUUCCCUUGCUGAAACUCAAUUAAUCAAACAGUCCUUUACUAGGAUCAAUGACAAGUAGAAUAGAUUCUAAAAGCAAAGAUAUUGAGGAAGAUUAUGAACUUUAGGUAGUUAGUUUGAAAGGAGUAUUAAAUAAGAUUAAAGGUUAAGUGAAUCAUAAAUCAUCAUAAAAAAUUCUUAGAUAAAAAAAGGCAAGCGAACAAGAUUUUAGAAAAUAAGUGUAAAUUAUGUAGUAAAAUAAUGAUGAAAUAAAAAAGUAUGAUAGAAAACACAUGGAUUUAGUUCCUGAGAAUGAAAAAAUUAAAAUUAAAAGGUAACACGAAGCCAGUGAAAUGAUUCGUUAAGAAAUGGGUUCUUAAUCUUAACAUCUUAAAAAGUUUAUUGAAUAUCAACUAAUGAAAACAGAAAUGAGUCAAAGAAUAUCCAAAUCAAUUGAUCAAUCUGAAAGAUUAAUUGGUAAUAACACACCUAUAUCAAAAGGGCAAUUAUUUAAUUGUUUCCCUAGUUCCUAUAAAUAUAGUGAUAAUCGUACACUAACUGAAUCUAUAUAAUCCCCUUCACCUAUAACUCAAUCUGAAUAUAAAACUCAAAACUUUUCAACAUCAAUUAAUAUUCCCAAACAACCCUUAUCUUAGAAACCAAUUUUCAUUAAAAGUGAGCAUAAUCUAUUUAGGAUGAAACCACAAUCUCUAUUACUUUAAGCUAGAUACUCUAAUCAUAGCGUGGGUAAUUGA